AGAUAGUUGUGGAUGUUUUAGGUAGAUUCUUUUAACAUCAACAAUCCUAAAAUUACCUUUUUUUUGCAUUAAACAUUUCCUCCCCCGCUUCCCUGUUUGUUUAUGCAAGCAUAUUUCCCCUUUUCUUUCAAUUUCCACAAACCUAUAUCCCUUAAAGGUGACAAUUUAUUUAUUCAUAACAUAUAGUUACAACCAUGGAUCACACGGCUCAGGAUCAAUCAAUACAGGAUCCUCAACCAUCAGGUUCAACUAAUGAAAACACCUAUGAUGACGUACAAAAUACCAGCAGAGACACUCUCAUUCAUUUACCAGCAGAUACUCCUCCAUCAAGCAGCCCAUCGUCACCCUGUGAAGACCGCGAUCAACUUAUAUUUACACCUCCAAGGUCGCCCUAUCUUCGAUCAUCAGAUAGAAUGAAUAUAACGCCAGAUUCACCUACUGACAGUCCCCGAUUAGACGAAUUUGUCAUGUAUAGUGAUUCUGAUGUUGCGUCUCAAAGUUCUUUAGAUUUAGGGACCACCCCAAAGGCAACCAGACGUAAAUUAGUCAAGGUCAGCUCCGAUGAAGAAGAAUACGACGAAGAGGAAAUAGCGGAUCGUGUUCGGUAUUAUGAUGAACAAGGUCGAGGAGUGACUUUAGAACCACCGUCAGAAAAACCACGUCGAAGAAAGCGAUCAUCAGUUGGACGGAAAAAGACCGUUCAAACAGAAUCUACAAACAAUCCUAAAUCCUCGAAGAAGAAAAUACGAAGACAAUCAAGGUCAAAAGAACCGAGUGAACGAUCAAGGUCAGACUUUAUUCCAGGAACAGGAUAUACUUCCGUACCAGCGACGGGAAAAGUUUUCCGUAAUUUACUUAUCCUUGAAGAAAGUUUACGAGAACAAGUUAUUCAACAACGAGCAAUGAGAAGAAAAUACCUUACGUUUUUAGCAUUGCUUUGUUCCAUUAUUGCUUCACUUAUACAUCAUUUGUUUAUCCUUGAUCCAUCAGUUUCGUCAACUGGUACCACAAGAGUCAUACUUCAGUUUCUUCUCCUUGCUAGCAUAAUCACCCUUAUACUUUACCAUUUAUCAGGAGAAUACCAGAAAACCAUCGUUUUACCACGUAAAUUCCUUUCAUCUACCAAUAAAGGAUUACGUCAAUUAAAUGUUCGACUUGUGAAAAUAAAAACACCAUUAAUUGACAAAAUAACAGAUUUAAUUCGAGAAGUUCUGCUUAGUAUCGUGGCCCUGACACUUGACAUGUUUCAUAAAAUAUCACCUUCAUCGAUUCAGAAUCCAACUUCGAAGAUUGAAGUGUUUUUAGUGUCUUGUCAAUCGCAAUGUCAACCACGAAUUGGUGUCACAGAUGUCAAGCUUGUUCUCAAUGCUCGUGUGUUUAAUGUUGAUAUUAGAGAAGGCUGGGAAUUAUACCGUAGUGAAUUUUGGAUAAAUGAAGGGGUAAGGAGACGUAAUAACAUGAUGGCAUUCACCAAGCUGCCUUCAGAAAGAAAAUCCAUAAGUACAGCCCCGGUGGCCGUAAGAAGGAAAAAGAGAAAAUCUUCAAGUGUGGUUAUAAGUGGCGGUUCUGGAGAUUCAAGUAUUCUGAAUGUGCCUCAAACAUUGAGUGAAGAGAAUUUAAAGAAUUUGACAAAAAGGCUCGAAAAAAGCGCUAUGAGUUGAUAUCAAUGAUUAUUUCAGCAUUUAAUAUGUUUAUAUAGAUUAUAUUUCGUUUCUAUUAAUAUUCCUUAAAUCCGUUUCCUAAUUUAGU